AUGGUCGACAGAGCGAACAGCAAGAUCGGGUAUGCUAUUGACAAAAAUCUUCUUGAUAUUCCAACUCCGCACAUUAUAGAAAACUCUGGUUCAACAAAGGAAUACCCUUACGUAUUUGCAGCAGACGAUGCGUUUUCAUUAAAAACAUACAUGCUUAAGCCCUAUCCUGGUGGCAUCUCAGAAUUAUCACAGAGAAUCUACAACUACAGAGUAUGCAGGGCACAGAGAGUAAUUGAAAACACGUUUGGAAUCAUGGCAACCAGGUUUCGAGUAUACAGAAGGCCCAUAAUUGCCAGCGUUGACAUAGCGAGGAACGUUGUCAAGGCUACAAUAGCUUUGCACAAUUUCUUAAUAAUUACCCAGCGCAGUCAGGAUAUGUACAAUUACUGCCCCAGAAACUUUCCUGAUCAAAAUGGCACAAGGGGAAGAAUUAUCCCUGGACAAUGGAGACAGGAGGUUGGAACAACUUGCUUGUCAAGGCUUCAGAGAAAUGCAAGAGGAUCAAAUAAUUCUUCAAGAUCUGCUCAACAAGUGAGAGAUGAUUAUAAAGAUUACUUUAACUCACCUGAAGGUGCUGUAAUCUGGCAAAAUAAUGCAGUUACAGCAACUACUGAUCCCUUCGAUCUAUAUUAA